UAGCGUCCUCAGGACUUUUCCUUCUCUAUUGUUAACAACAGUCGACUGUGGGCUUUUUCAAAUGUGUAGGCACAGAGAGGGGCGGGUACAGUAUAGGGAGCGGGGCCAGCUGAAUCUCUCAGUAUAAAGUGCCUCUACUUCAGCGAUAAGACUUCGUGCAGCUCCACUCGAACGUGUGUGGCGAAUGAGUGAGUGUGUGAGAAUCCAAAGUAACUGCAAGCGCUGGAACAAAAGAACGUAGGUGGAAGGAAAGAGAGACCUGUCAGAGUCAGGAAAAGGUCCCUCGCUUGUUUUCGAGAAGGCCGGUGGCGAUGGAGCGUUUAUGCGGACCGAAAUUCCCCUUCUGGGAAGCCAACCGGACGCUCCACACGGACAGCCCAGACCUGCCCGAGUGUUUCCAGCUGUCCGUCCUGUCAUGGCUGCCCUGCCUGUACCUCUGGGCCGUGAGCCCUCUCUACCUCCUCUACCUCAAGAAGAACAACAAAGGCUACAUCAUGAUGUCCAUCCUGAACCGAGUCAAGACGGUUCUGGGUGUGGUCCUGUGGAUCGUAUGCUGGACGGACCUCUUCUACGCGUUCCACGAGCAGCAGGUUGGCCUUGCCCAGCCGCCCAUCUACUUCGUCACUCCGCUGGUGGUCGGCAUGACAAUGCUGCUGGCGACCUUCCUGGUCCAGUUGGAGAGGCUGCGAGGCGUGCAGUCCUCUGGGGUGCUCUUCAUCUUCUGGUUCGUGUCCUCUCUGUGCGCCAUUGUGCCUUUCCGCUCCAAGAUCAUCCAGGCCUCCAUCCAGACGGGGGAACCGGACCAUCUGAGACUCACCACCUUCUACGUGUAUUUCAUCCUGGUGGUGCUGCAGCUGGUGCUCUGCUGCUUCAACGAGAAGCCUCCCCUCUUCUCCGACGUCGACACCGACCCUAAUCCUUGUCCUGAGUCCACUGCCGGCUUCCUGUCUACCAUGACCUUCUGGUGGUUCACCAGAAUGGCAAUCAAAGGCUACAAGAACCCUCUGGAGGCUAAGGACCUGUGGUCGCUGAACAAGAGGGACAGCUCAGAGGUGGUCGUCCCUCGCCUGCUGAAGGAAUGGGAGAAGGAGCAGGGCCAGGCUCAGACCUCCAGCCCUGAGGAGACGGUGACGCUGCUGUCGGAGGAGAAGAAGAAGACCCCCAGGAAGCCGGCGUUCCUUCGCUCGCUGCUCAGGACCUUUGGACCCUACUUUCUGAUUGGCUCGGCCUACAAGCUGCUGCAGGACAUCAUUACCUUCGUCAACCCUCAGCUCCUCAGGAUGUUGAUUUCGUUCACCAAGGAGGAGAACGUUCCGUACUGGUGGGGCUACGCUCUGGCGUUCCUCAUGUUCUUUGUGGCGUUCCUGCAGACCCUCAUCCUGCACCAGCACUUCCAGUACUGCUUUGUUACUGGCAUGAGAAUCCGCACAGCCAUCAUAGGGGCCAUCUACAGGAAGUCUCUGGUGAUCACCAACGCUGCCAAACGCUCCUCUACCGUGGGGGAGAUCGUCAACCUGAUGUCUGUGGACGCCCAGAGAUUCAUGGACCUCACCACCUUCCUCAACAUGCUGUGGUCCGCCCCCCUGCAGAUCAUCCUGGCUCUCUACUUCCUGUGGCAGAACCUCGGUCCGUCCGUGCUAGCCGGUGUGGCUGUGAUGGUGCUCCUUAUCCCGUUAAACGCUGCCAUCGCUGUGAAGACCAGAGCCUUUCAGGUGGAGCAGAUGCGGUACAAGGACUCGCGUAUUAAGCUGAUGAACGAGAUCCUGAACGGGAUCAAGGUGUUGAAGUUGUACGCCUGGGAGAAGUCCUUCAUGGACCAGGUCCUGGCCAUCCGCCAGAAGGAGCUCAUGGUUCUGAAGAAGACGGCCUACCUCGGCUCCCUGUCUACCAUGGCCUGGACCAGCGCCCCCUUCCUGGUUGCCUUGACGACGUUCGCGGUGUACGUGACGGUCGAUGAGAACAACAUCCUGGACGCAGAGAAGGCCUUCGUGUCCCUGUCUCUCUUCAACAUCCUCCGCUUUCCCCUCAACAUGCUGCCUCAGGUCAUCAGCAGCCUCGUCCAGGCGAGUGUGUCUCUGAAGCGUAUUCAGAAUUUCCUGAGUCACGAUGAGCUGGACCCAGAGUCUGUGGACAGAGCCAACAUUGCCUCAGACUGUGCUGUCACCGUGGUCAACGGCAAGUUCACCUGGACCAAAGAGGAUCCCCCUGUCCUGCACAGCAUCAGCCUGAUGGUGCCGCAGGGCUCUCUGCUGGCUGUGGUGGGUCAUGUAGGCUGUGGGAAGUCCUCGCUGAUCUCGGCUCUGCUGGGGGAGAUGGAGAAGCUGGAUGGGGAGAUCUCUAUACAGGGCUCUGUGGCCUACGUACCCCAGCAGGCCUGGAUCCAGAACGCCACGCUGAGAGACAACAUCCUGUUUGGGAAGCCCUUCAAUGAGCCCAAGUACCGCUGCAUCCUGGAGGCCUGCGCCCUGACCCCUGACCUGGAAGUGCUUCCUGGAGGGGACCAGACAGAGAUUGGGGAGAAGGGUAUAAACCUGUCCGGGGGGCAGAGGCAGAGGGUGAGCAUCGCCAGAGCUCUGUACAGCGAAGCCGACGUCUACCUGCUGGACGACCCGCUGUCUGCAGUCGACGCCCACGUGGCCAAGCACAUCUUCGACAAAGUCAUGGGCCCCGAUGGGGCGCUCAAGGACAAGACGCGCAUCCUGGUGACGCACGGCAUCAGCUUCCUGCCGCAGGUGGACAACAUAAUGGUGCUGGUGGACGGGCGCGUGUCGGAAAUGGGCUCCUACCAAGCCCUGCUCAAGGAGAACGGGGCCUUCGCCGAGUUCCUCCGGAACUACUCCCUCGAAGACAUCAUCGAGGAGGAGGAGGCCACCGAGGCCUUGAUUGAUGAUGAAGAGUUCCCCGACGACGCCCUUAGCAACCACACAGAUAUGGUGUCCAACGAGCCGGUGGUAAACGAAGAGAAAAGAAAGUUCAUAAGGCAGAUCAGCAUCAUCUCGUCGGAUGUGGAGAACCCCAAGACGAAGUCGGUGAGGAAGCGUCUGUGCAGCGAGCGGAAGCAUCCGGAGCCCCUGCCGGAGAAGACGGCGCCAUCCAAGGAUAAGCUGAUCCAGGCGGAGACCACCGAGACGGGCCGGGUGAAGCUGAAGGUGUUCCUGGAGUACGCCCGGGCGGUGGGGCCCGUGCUCUCCGUCUUCAUCUGCUUCCUGUACUGCUGCCAGAAUGCCGCCGCCAUCGGCGCCAACAUCUGGCUGAGCCAGUGGACCAACGACGCGGGGCUGAACGACACGCAGGCCAACGUGCCCAUGAGGGUGGGGGUGUACGCGGCGCUGGGCAUCGCGCAGGGUGUGCUGUUGCUGGGCAACUGCUUGCUGUGCAAAGCCUACGGCAUGCUGCGCACGGCCAAGCUCAUGCACGUCCUCAUGCUGCAAGGAGUCCUGCGAGCGCCGCAGGCCUUCUUCGAAAGCACCCCCACGGGGCGGCUGCUAAACCGCUUCGGCAAAGACGUGGACACUAUAGACACCUACAUCCCUGACAAUAUUGACAUAUGGAUGCGGACUUUUUGGUACACAGUGAAUGUGCUACUCGUAUGCUCUGUCCUCACCCCAAUGUUCCUCAUAGUCAUAGUCCCGUUAAUGGUGUUCUAUUGGUGGGUCCAGAGGUUUUACGUAGCUACGUCGCGCCAGCUGAAGCGUCUGGAGUCGGUGAGCCGCUCUCCCAUCUACUCCCACUUCUCUGAGACCGUCACCGGCUCCAGCGUGGUCAGGGCCUACGGGCGGCUCGACGCCUUCGUCACCCUCAACAACACCAAGGUGGACGACAACCAGAAGAGUUACUACCCGGGGAUAGUGGCCAACAGGUGGCUGGGGGUUCGUAUCGAGUUCAUCGGGAACUGCAUCGUGCUGUUUGCCGCUCUGUUUGCGGUCAUCGGGAAGGAACAGCUGAACCCAGGGCUCGUGGGCCUGUCUGUGUCCUACGCUCUGCUGGUGACCAUGUCUCUGAACUGGCUGGUGAGGAUGACCUCUGACCUGGAGAGCAACAUUGUGGCUGUGGAGCGAGUCAAGGAGUACGCCGAGACCCAGACCGAGGCACCCUGGGAGAUCGAGGACAAGAAGCCUCCGUCUGAUUGGCCAACCCAGGGGAACGUGGAGUUCCGGGACUACAGUGUGAGGUAUCGAGAGGGCCUGGACCUGGUGCUGAAGAACCUCAGCCUCAGUGUGAAUGGAGGGGAGAAGAUUGGUAUCGUGGGCCGUACCGGGGCUGGGAAGUCCUCUAUGACCCUUUGUUUGUUUCGACUGCUGGAGGCGGCCGGUGGAGAGAUCACCAUCGACGGAAUCAAGAUCUCUGAUAUCGGACUCCACGACCUGAGGUCCAAGCUCACUAUUAUACCACAGGAACCCGUGCUGUUCUCGGGGUCCCUCAGGAUGAACCUUGACCCCUUUGAGUAUUACAGCGAGGAGGAUGUGUGGGGGGCUCUGGAACACUCCCACCUCCACAAGUUCGUCAGCAACCAGCCAGCCAAACUGGAGCUGGAGUGUUCUGAGGGAGGAGAGAACCUCAGUGUGGGCCAGAGGCAGCUGGUGUGUCUUGCUCGCGCUCUGCUGAGGAAGACGAGGAUCCUGGUUCUGGAUGAGGCCACGGCUGCCAUCGACCUGGAGACGGACGACCUCAUCCAGUCCACCAUCAGGACCCAGUUUGAGGACUGCACCGUCUUUACCAUCGCUCACAGACUCAACACUAUCAUGGACUACACCAGAGUGCUGGUGUUGGACAAGGGACAGGUCGCUGAGUUUGACACUCCCUCCAACCUCCUAUCACAGCGAGGCAUCUUCUACGGCAUGGCCAAGGAUGCGGGCUUGGUCCAGUAGCUCCGCCGCGUCUCCCAGCACCCGUUCGGCUCGGGACCAAUCCCAUUUCUACUCAGGCCGCUGUACAUUAGAAUUCCAGCUCUUGAAUCGGAACAGUGCCAUUUUUAUUUUCAGUAGGAUUUGUAUCUUUCAUUUCUGUGAUUAUUGCCAUGUCACUUACCUUUUAGUUUAGUCGGUGGAAAUGGGAUUGGGCCAAUCUUUUGUGUCAGUUCCAUAGUGCCUUGUGAAAGAAGAGAAUGCCAGUGAAUGUAUCGUUGCAGCUGUCCAUUGCAAAACCAGGAUAAACAUUUGUUAUUUGUUAGUUUUUUGUAGGUUAUCUUUUUCUACAAACUGUGCCACUGUAAUUUCCAAACACACACAAACACUGUUUUGCAACGAACCCAGCUAUUUUUAUACUGUAUCUUUAUUUAAUCUUUUAUUAAAUCUGUUCAGAGAGUUGUCUUAUGUAGGGAAGUUUGCUCAGUUGGUUGUGUGAUUCUUUUGUGAACCAAAUCUGUAAAAACUUGAAUUCUGUUCUACCGAAAUAUAUAAAAGAUGGUCAAACCUUUAUAAAAAAAUAUAUACAUAUAUUACAAAAAGCUGAA